AUGCUUCGGGUGAAAGACCCGAAGAGAUCUCUCGAAUUCUACAGUUUCCUUGGUCUCACCCAAAUCAACCGACUCGACUUUGAAGACGCCAAAUUCUCGCUCUAUUUCCUCGCAUACGAUAGCCCCAAGGCGCUGAACACCGGCAAGCACUGGACCGAUAGGAACGGAGUCCUCGAACUGACUCACAACUACGGCACAGAAAAUGAUGAUAACUUCUCUGUUGUGAACGGCAACACGGAACCAUAUCGCGGGUUCGGCCACAUUGCUGUCUCGGUGGAGAAUAUCGAGCUAGCAUGCAAGAGACUUGAGGACGCCGGGUAUCCGUUCCAAAAGAAACUAACCGACGGCCGGAUGAAGCAUAUCGCGUUUGUCAAAGACCCAGAUGGGUACUGGGUUGAACUCAUCCGCCGCGGGGAUGUAGAUGAAGCCGUGACCGAGUCGGACCCCCAGUCGUACCGUCUAAACCAUACCAUGCUGCGGGUCAAGGAUAAGGACGCAUCCCUCAAGUUCUAUCAGGAGGUCAUGGGUAUGACGCUGCUGAGGACAUCUGAGGCUCCUGAGGCGGGGUUUAAUCUGUAUUUCUUGGGGUAUCCCGCUUCGAACCCGCCGAUGGAGAAAGAGGCUCGUAACCCAAUUGCCAACUGGGAGGGACUACUUGAGUUGACGUGGAACUAUGGCACGGAGAAACAGGAGGGCAAGGUGUACCACGACGGUAAUAGCGAGCCUCAAGGAUUCGGCCACAUCUGUAUGGUGAUGGACAACCUAGAUGCCGCGUGUGCCCGGUUCGAAGAGCUGGGGGUGACGUGGAAGAAGCGUCUCACAGAUGGGAGGAUGCACAAUAUCGCCUUUCUGCUAGACCCGGAUGGCUACUGGGUUGAAAUUGUCCAAAAUGAGGCAUUGAAGGGACAGUAA